AAAUAUAAAUAAUAGUAAUAACAAUAAUAACAACGGCUGUUAAAUACUUUUAUCUGAGAAUAGAGAAAUGGGCCACAACUCGAUCAAAAUACAGGGCCCAGAUAUUCGGGCUUUCGGAAAAUUUCUGCCCAUCUAUGUGUUGGUUGUCGCUUGUCGGUUUUACCCGAUCCGGUCUAUUUCUAACCCAUGUAUUCUGGAUCCGUCUCUCUCUCUAUAGUAACCUAACCCCUUCUCUGCAGAUGAACGUAGAAAACUGAUAUUCUGCAAAGAGGAAAAGGAAAUCAAGAAGAAGAGAAGUUUGAUGCAAACAAUGGUGGUGGAAGAGGCACAGAAGUCGUCGACAACAACCACUGGAGAAACACCUAUACCAAACCCUAUCCCUAAGGCAGAAGACGACGUUAACAAUGAUGAGCCGGAAGAAGGAGAGAUCGUGGGAGACGAGGAUUCUUCGGUUGAGAAAUCCACAGCUGUAACUUACCAGCCGCACCCUCUCGAACACCAGUGGACGUUCUGGUUCGAUAACCCUUCUUCCAAGUCUAAGCAAGCCACCUGGGGAAGUUCUAUGCGUUCUGUCUAUACUUUUGCUACUGUCGAGGAGUUCUGGAGUGUUUACAAUAAUAUUCAUCAUCCAAGCAAGCUGGCUGUAGGGGCUGACUUUCAUUGCUUCAAAUAUAAAAUUGAGCCAAAAUGGGAGGAUCCUGUUUGUGCUAAUGGGGGGAAGUGGACCGUAACCUUUGGUAGAGGGAAAUCAGAUACCUCUUGGUUGUAUACAUUGCUGGCUAUGAUUGGAGAGCAGUUUGACCACGGAGAUGAUAUCUGUGGAGCAGUUGUCAGUGUCAGAGCUAGGCAGGAUAAAAUAGCUCUUUGGACAAAGAAUGCUUCAAAUGAAGCUUCUCAGUUGAGCAUUGGAAAACAAUGGAAGGAGUUGCUGGACUAUAAUGACACCAUCGGAUUUAUAUUCCAUGAGGAUGCAAAGAAGCAUGACAGAGCUGCCAAGAAUCGCUACACGACAUAAGAUGCACAAGAGCCUCUUCUGCUGGCUAUGCUGCCCGAAUACCCUAGGGAUCUAGAUCUCACAAUUGCUUAAGCGUAGAACAUCUUAUGAACACCACAUACCUUUUUCGUUGUUCUAUUUGGAUAUGUAAAUACUAUUUCCAUUUUAAUUCGAAGCUUUUAAAUUUUGGGGUCAUGUCUCUAUCCCGAUAUAAAAGCUGACUGGUACAAUUGAAUCACUAA